CUUCGAGUCGUGCUUCUUGACAGAGACUCUCAAAAAGAUCCAAGCCUCAACCUCUGUCUAAACUCCCAAGUGGCACAUUAAAGGUUUUUCAGACUUUUAAGUUACCCAGAUUCACAAUUCUCAUUGUCUAUGUAGCUGAAUAGGACAGGAAAAAUAAGGGGGUGCAACCCUGUGGUGAAACUCUAACCCUGUUUGAAAACCCCCACUUUCACCCAAUAAAAAUGCGUACUGAAGUCCAAUGAUGUACUGAAGUCCAACCCUUGCGUUGAAGCACUCAUUUGCAAAGCUACCCAUCGUUUGAAACCUUAACUUGCUGGGUUUUCCAGAUGCUGGCCCACAUUCCUCCAUGACGUAGCCAUGGAGCUUCUUCCGAUGACCCAGGAUGCUAUCUCUUCAUCCAGCUGGAGUCUCGAAUCCUUCACUAUUGUCCCCUUGCCUCAUUUUAAUACCACAAACAACUACACUGGGGCAGAAGAUGAGGAGGCAUCAUUUGGGUCAGGGGGACACCUCCCGGGGCUAACUGGGAUCUUCAUCCCACUCAUCUAUGGCGUAGUCUGUGCCGUGGGCCUGGCGGGCAACACUCUGGUGAUCCACGUGGUGAUCAACCACAGCCGGGGGGCGUCGGCCACCAACAUCUACAUUCUCAACCUGGCUGUGGCUGACGAACUCUUCAUGCUGGGUCUCCCCUUCCUGGCGGCCCAGAACGCUCUCCUGUCCUGGCCUUUUGGCUCACUUCUCUGCCGGGUGGUGAUGACGGUGGACGCUAUCAACCAGUUCACCAGCAUCUUUUGCCUAGCUGUCAUGUCUGUGGACCGCUACCUGGCUGUGGCACAGCCAGUGCGAGCGGAACGGUGGCGGCGCCCGUCAGUGGCUAAGGCGGUGAGCACUGCUGUGUGGGCCGGGUCCUUCGUAGUCGUGCUCCCAGUGGUAGCAUUUGCAGAUGUGAGGCAAGGGGAAGGAGAUUGCGGGAUCAUGUGGCCAGAGCCGUCUGAGAUGUGGAAGACAGUGUUCAUAGUGUACACCUUCGCAGUGGGAUUCUGCUGUCCCCUGAUGGUCAUCUGCAUGUGCUACCUGCUCAUUGUCAUCAAGGUCCGCAGCGUCGGGAAACGUGCUCAGACAACAUCCUCACGUCGCCGUCGUUCCGAGCGCAAGGUUACCCGCAUGGUGGUGGUUGUGGUUGCUGUUUUCGUACUGUGCUGGCUACCCUUUUACGCCCUCAACAUCGUCAACCUUCUAGUGGUUUUGCCAGGAGACCUGCAGGGCCUCUACUUCUUUGUGGUGGCGCUGUCCUAUGCCAACAGCUGUGCCAACCCCAUUCUCUAUGCCUUCCUGUCCGAUAACUUCAAGAGAGGGUUUCGUAAGGCCCUGUGCCGGGUAUCGCGUCGGGUACGCAGCCACGAGAGGGCUGACAUCAAUGCACGUUGCCCCACCGAGCAGUGGGGAGGCAUGGUCAUACUCAGGGCGAAGAGCCGGGAGGAGGGGGUAGAAUGCCGGGAGCCGAGCCCACAAAAGGCUUUAAGCAAUGCAAUAGAAUGUCCAGAAGGUUCUGAGAGGGAGAGGACUCCGGAAGUGGAAGAAGAGGAGAACGUUGGCGGGUGGGAGGAGGGAGCGGACAAGUCACAAGAUGUGAAGGCGGCGCUGGAAAUCAGCUGUUUGUGACUGCUAUGUUCUUGACUUCAACUUCAUGUGUCUCCCCAAUGAUGCUGGGAAACCAGUGUCCUUUGGAUUCUUAAAAUUAUUAAAAACCCAACUAGUAAGCCCUUAGAAGGGCUUAAAACCCAAUUUUCAAAGCCUUGUUGUGAAACCCUAACCAUGUUUUAAACACAGACACUUUGUGUCUAUCAUUUCAUUAUAAUUAAUUUGAUAUGAAUGGGGAGCAAGUGCAUACCUGUCAAGUUGUACGGUUUCGGUGUAAUUUGUAGAAGUGAACACUGAUUUUUAAAUGUGUACGCCGUACGUUCAAAAUCUGUACGUUUUUCGUGCAUUACGUUUUCUUUUCUCCAUUCGGAUUUUCUCACCCUUUCGGCAACAAGACAAUGUGCGUUACUAUGCGUUGCUACGUUGGUUAAAUGACGCAUGAAAAGUCAGAGACACAGAGAAAGAAGAGCGGAAGUGGGAAGGAGGGAAGAGUUGUGACUCCGUUUCAAACGCGAUGCUAGGCUAGGCUUCUCAGAAAGGCCCUGUUGUAGCGAACCUUCCUAACGAACCUAUGUAUUUUUUAUCUAAAAUACUCCUAAAUCGGCAAAAUCUUGACUUGAAUCUAUCUUUAAAUGAUGAAACAGUUUUAAAACUUUCAUGUCGAAAGUAGACAGAAGGGAACUAAUGCAAAAACAGGAGCAAUUUUAGCAACUUUAACGAUUGAUUCACUGAAAUGCCAUUAAGUGCAGCCAUCAAAAGACAUGAUAGAAAUUGCCAAAAGUGCUACAUAGGCUACACGUAUAACAAAAGUCACUGUUAAAUUUUAGUAAUCAUGAUGUACCUGAAGAUAUUGAUUGUUCUUUGAUUGCACCAGGUUAUAUGUGACAAUGUUACCAAUAAAUUCAUAUUAUUUUAGAAAUUGAGUUUUAUUUUGGUUUCAUAUUGCACGCUAUAUAAAACAUUAUAAUAUUAGUCAUCAGUUUGUAAGGGCA